AGGGGUGGAGGCAGAGACCAGUCUGGUUCAGAUACGAUCAGAACUAUCUGCAUAGUGAGAUGCCUCCAGAGGUAAAUGAGAAAAAAAGUCUGUUGUUUGCAUCUUUGCCUUUUUGCAUAAAGAGUUCCACAGAACACUAACUAUUUUCAGUAGAAGAGGAGGAGCUGCUGUUACAUUUCCCUAAAUCUACACCAGAACUAGUUAACUUUGGUGUUAGUGGUGAACACUGGCACAGACAGUCCACAGAGCAGCAUCAGGAUGGAAGGGAUCGUCAUUGGUGUCUUGUGUCUCUCAGGGUGCCUCACCUUCUCCACAUGCCUCCUCCAUCAGUACCACUUUGUGUCUGAUGUAAUGACUUGGACUGAAGCUCAGAGCUACUGCAGAGAGAAGUACACAGACCUGGCCACUAUUGAAAACACUGAAGAAAUGAAGAAACUUAAAGACACAGUUUUUAACGCUGGUCACAGCUCUGAGGUUUGGAUUGGCCUGUACAGUCAUAUUGACUGGAAGUGGUCAGAUGGGUUCAACCAGAGUGGAGCUGAAUAUAGGAGGUGGUAUUCUGGUGAACCAAACAAUUGGGAGGCCAAUCAGUUAUGUGUGAACAUGAGGAACGAUGGAAGAUGGUCUGAUAUUGACUGCCCUGAACAGAUUCCAUUUGUCUGCUACAGAGGAACAUUAGAGGAUUCUGACUUUGUGCCAGUGACUACAGCAAAGACUUGGUCUGAGGCUCAGAGGCACUGCAGAGAACACUACACAGAUCUGGCCACUGUGAGGAACAACGCUGACAACGGCAAGAUACUGGACUUGAUACCCCAUGGCAAUUGGGCAUGGAUCGGUUUGUACAGAGAUCCUCAGAUUUACUGGUCCGACGGGAGUAACUACUCAUUCAGCUCCUGGGCUCAGGAUUACCACAGACUUUACUCCUUGAAAGUCAUAUGUGGUGUUGCAGAUUUGGGAGGAAACUGGAGGUUAUUUUCCUGUGAUGGCAGAAAACCAUUUGUCUGCUACAGCGUCCCAACAGUGAAGACGUUGGUGAAGAUGAGGGUGAAGCUAGAGGACUCCUCUGUGGACCUGAAUGACCCUGCUGUGAAAGAACAGAUUCUGAAACAGCUCCAGGACAGAUUGAAGGAGAACGGACUGAGUGGCAUCACCUUGAAGUGGAAAGAACAGGCUGAUGGGAAAGUUUUCCACAAGGAGGAGAAAGGUUCUGACAAGAAAAAAAAAACUGAGCUUUAAAGAUUUGAAUUCAACUUUUUUUGCAUGCGCUAAUGUUUCAUGUCUGCACGUAUACACACCUCUAUCACUGUACGCAGUUAGACCAUACCAAUGAAUGAUGUUGUAGAAAAACUAGGCUUUGUGUGAUUAUAUGCUUAAACUGUGCGUCUGUGUAUAAAGAGCAUUAGGAACUGUAUGCAGCCUGGGAAGAAUGUCUAAUUUACACCAGAUACAGGGAGAGUGUCCAUCGGAAGGAAAAUGUAAUUAGUUGCUAGGCAGGUUAAUAAUGUUACAGCUGAUCAUGUCUUAUACUAAGGGAAUGACAAAGACCCACAGCACAGGUCAAGCCCAUGUAAAACUGAUUUCUGGUCGCAACUGUACGCUUUCACCAGACAGCACCAUAUAUCCAGCAUAAAGAAAUGUAAUCAUGUAUGCCCCCUUACUUUAAUGAUUGUUUUUUUAACCUAUUUUAAGUGUGUUGAAAUGUAAUCCUAAAAUAAAAAAUGCAGAUAGAAAUCGCCCGAAUCUGAUCUGGAGAAUCUACCCCUGUCUUAACUGUAAGGGGGGACAAAGUCAACUUGGGAAAGUUUAACACCUUUAGGUUCGGGACGAAUCAGAAGUUUUGAACCAAUCAGGAGAUGAAGAGAUCCACCUCCUGAUUGGUUGAACAGGCAACAGUGAGACAAGGAUGAGCAUAUAACCAGAGGGUUUGAAGCUCAGUCUUCAUUUGGGUCCUGGAACCAUCUCUGGUUUACUUCUUGUAAAUGAAUAAAAUCUACUGCAUUGAACUCUGA